GGAGCUCAGACCUAGAUCAGGACCCCAUAGUGCUAGGCACCAAACAAGCACAGAACAAAAAAAUGGGCUCUGCUCCAGCAAGCUUUAAGCCAAAGUAGAAGAGGUGAAAGGUGCAUGAGAAAAAACGCUGCUAAAUGGGGAGAAUACAAGGAAACAGACAGCAGAGGUCCUUGUGGAAAGCUGUGCCCACAGCAUACCAGCUUCUUAAACAUCCAGCUUGUAAACUCCUUCAGAUGGGGCAUGUCUCUGCUGUAUUUCUACAGCACUCAGCGGAUGUCAAGAAAGACUGGUCAGAUCAUGCACUGUGGUGGGAAAAAAAGAAAACCUGGCUCCUUAAAACUCACUGGACCUUGGACAAAUAUGGUAUACAAGCUGAUGCCAAGCUCCAGUUCACUCCUCAACAUAAAUUACUUCGUCUUCAACUUCCGAACAUGAAAUAUGUGAAAGUGAAAGUGAAUUUCUCCGAUAGAGUCUUCAAAGCAGUAUCUGAUAUCUGUAAGACUUUCAACAUCAGACACCCAGAGGAACUCUCUCUUUUGAGGAAACCCAGAGAUCCAACAAAGAAAAAAAAGAAAAAGCUAGAUGAUCAGUGUGAAGAUGAAGCACUCGAACUGGAGGGACCGUUAAUCACUCCAGGAUCAGGCACUGAUGUUCUUUACAUCGGCCCCGUGAAAGGAAACAUAUAUUCAAGCCCUGGGCUUUAUAGUAAAACUAUGACGCCAACAUACGAUUCUCACGAUGGAAGUCCUCUGUCUCCAACUUCAGCUUGGUUUGGAGAUAGUGCUUUAUCAGAAGGAAAUCCUGGCAUACUCGCUGUUAGCCAGCCAAUCACUUCCCCAGAAAUCUUAGCAAAAAUGUACAAGCCACAAGCGCUUCUUGAUAAAGCUAAGAUCAACCAAGGGUGGCUGGACUCAUCAAGAUCUCUCAUGGAGCAAGAAGUGAAAGAAAAUGAGGCCUUACUGCUUCGGUUCAAAUACUACAGCUUUUUUGACUUGAAUCCAAAGUAUGAUGCAAUCAGAAUCAACCAGCUUUAUGAGCAAUCUAAAUGGGCUAUUCUUUUAGAAGAAAUCGAAUGUACGGAAGAAGAAAUGAUGAUGUUCGCAGCAUUGCAGUAUCACAUCAACAAGCUGUCAAUCAUGUCCUCAGAAAAUCACUUGAACAACAGUGACAAAGAGGUGGAUGAAGUAGAUGCUGCCCUUUCUGACUUGGAAAUUACUUUGGAAGGUGGUAAAACAUCCACUGUUCUGGGUGACAUCACUUCAAUUCCUGAGCUUGCCGACUACAUUAAAGUAUUCAAGCCUAAGAAGCUGACGCUAAAAGGUUAUAAACCGUAUUGGUGCACCUUCAAAGAUACCUCUAUUUCCUGCUAUAAAAGCAAAGAAGAAUCCAAUGGGACCCCAGCUCACCAAAUGAACUUAAGAGGCUGUGAGGUUACCCCUGAUGUAAACAUCUCUGGUCAGAAGUUUAAUAUCAAACUUCUCAUUCCAGUUGCGGAGGGUAUGAAUGAAAUCUGGCUUCGCUGUGAUAACGAAAAGCAGUAUGCGCACUGGAUGGCAGCCUGCAGGCUAGCGUCCAAGGGCAAGACCAUGGCAGACAGCUCCUAUAACCUGGAAGUUCAGAAUAUCCUGUCAUUUUUGAAGAUGCAGCAUUUGAACCCAGACCCACAGCUAAUGCCAGAGCAGAUCACAACGGACAUUAAUCCCGAAUGCCUGGUGUCCCCUCGCUACCUUAAAAAGUACAAGAACAAACAGCCAGGCUAUAUAAGAGACUUGAUCACAGCCAGGAUUCUGGAGGCCCAUCAGAACGUAGCUCAGAUGAGUCUAAUCGAAGCAAAGAUGAGAUUUAUCCAAGCUUGGCAAUCUCUACCAGAAUUUGGCAUCACACACUUCAUUGCAAGAUUCCAAGGGGGCAAGAAAGAAGAGCUGAUUGGGAUUGCCUAUAACAGACUGAUAAGAAUGGAUGCAAGCACAGGAGAUGCAAUUAAAACAUGGCGAUUCAGCAACAUGAAACAGUGGAACGUAAACUGGGAGAUCAAAAUGGUCACUGUCGAGUUCGCAGAUGACGUACGGGUGUCCUUCAUUUGCACCGAGGUGGAUUGCAAGGUGGUUCACGAGUUCAUUGGUGGCUACAUUUUCUUGUCAACGCGGGCAAAAGACCAGAACGAAAGUUUAGAUGAAGAGAUGUUCUACAAACUUACCAGCGGUUGGGUGUGAGUUUGAUGUACUGUUUACAGAGAGAAACCCCCAUGGCCAUAUUAAAUAUUUAACUUUAAAAGCUGUUGUUUGAAAUAUGCUGCUUAAUAAAGGAAGCCUGAAAUGUAUCUUUUUUAUUUUUUUUAAUUAUGAACGUUUUUGCAUUACCCAGAGCAGUUAAUACGUGCACUAACGAGCACUUCUGUUAAUCUGCUAUAACGAGACAGUAUGUGAGCUGUGUUGUGGCACGUGUCGGGAUCAGAUUUAACCGAUGUAGCUAGCCAAAUUCGGAAGAGAGCUCUAAGCCAUCUACUAGAAAGCUGUCCAGGCCUUAAACGAUAUGAAGUCUAUUUAUCAUGUUUAAUGCAUGUGGUUUUUACUUUUGUGCUUUUUCUGUAAAUUUGACAUGUUUUUGAAGUUGUUCUACCUUCGAGUAGAAAGUU